AGUUUCGAACCAAUGGCUAUACCACUUGCGCCUACUCAGGGUUCAGAAAAACUAACAAGAUUAUUGGAUGAUCCCCUUAUCGGGAUAUAAAGCGUUCUUGCAUCGGACGCACAUGGAGGCAAAUCGUUGAGGGCACUUUGUUGACAUUGGCACAAAGMAAGUCACCUUGAAAAGAGUUAAAAAAACCCAGGUUGUUUUGGGGUUAUUUAUCACGAUAAAUGGAAUAUAAUGUGAARGUUUGGAAUCGGAAUUACUGUGUUAGAAAUCAUAAACGAUUUUCCAUGGGAUCAGUGAUGAAAAUUGUCGGCGUUAUUUCGAGGAUGAAGGAACAGAUUUGUUGGGAAAAAAGAAAUGCAAUAUACAUACUUCGUUGCUACUAAACCGUUUGUAUUUUACAACAAAGCCAAACGAAYUGGUAUCCGUUAUUGGUCAAUAGCAAUUUAUCGAUAGUUGGUUUUUGUAUUUUUAUGAGAUAAUCCCCUCAAUAGAUCGAUAAAGAUGAUUACUAAAACAACAUAAGUCAAUAUCUCUCUCGUCAACACCUAUCGUAUGUCGCGGCAUAUGAAAUGGUAACACUUGGUCGCAUACCUCCAAUCGYGGAAUCGGUCAUUCACGGUGAGUAUUGAAAAUUUCAAGGUCGUAGGUCUGACAUGAAACGUUAACAUUAAUAAGAGUCUAAUAAACCAACCGGUAGGUUUUUUUUUUGUUCUGAUUUGGUAGCCUUUACUCCAGACGACCCACAAACUAGCAGAUCAGCAAAGAUUCGCUGGCAAGGAGWACGUAGGUUUCUGAUGUGGAAAACUGGUWUCUGGCUUUGACAUGAGAUUCUCGCACGGAAUAUUCACCAACUGGACAGCUAUCCUGGUUCUUCAACUGUUCAUGAUGGACAUAGCUCUUUCGGUUGGCAAGCAGGCAUCUGGAAAUCAAUCGACGGGUGCAUCCACAAAAUAUGUAACAUCAGCGGCUUUGACUCCAGCUACUAUCUGCACCAGCAUUCAUGGCGUAACCUCCAAACAGAUGCGAUUCUGUGAAAAAUACCGAUCGCUUAUGGCAUCGAUUUUCGAAGGCAUUGCAAUUGGCAUUAAAGAGUGCAAGUUUCAGUUUAGAAAGAGGCGUUGGAAUUGUACGUCUCUGAUCUCCAAGCCACCAUUGUACAGGAAUCAUGCAGUUCCUGGUACUAAAGAAGAUGCCUUCACACAUGCGAUCAUUGCAGCAGGCAUAGCUCAUUCCGUGGCAAGAGCCCUAAGUAGUGGCAACUUCACUCUUCCCGGAGUGAAAAGCGAUACWAAAAACAGUAUCAAUAAUGGCAUUCAAUUAGCAAAGGAGUUCCUCGAUGGACAAGAUUCAAAGAAUCAAGAAAUCAAACUCAUGAACACGCACAAUAACGAAGUUGGUUUGGCGAUCGUAAGAGAAAGUCUGAAACGUGAAUGCCGCUGCCAYGGAGCCUCAAGCUCCUGUAGUAAAAGAAUUUGCUGGGAGUCGCUGGCUUCUUUUCGAGAAAUUGGGAUGAAAAUAUACGAAAAGAUAGGCUGCAUGCAACGUGUGAAAACCCUGAAAACGCGCACACGAAGCGGCUUGCGUUCAACACAUCUUAUCCUGGACACUCAGGGAUCCCGUAAACCUCGCCAUAGGUGUUUGGUGAAUAUGAAAAAAUCUCCAACAUUCUGUGAGCCAGAUCGCAAGCACCAUAUCGUGGGCACGGCUGGGCGGAUUUGCAAUAAAACUGCUUCACAAGCCGAGGCAGAUAGCUGUUCAGUUCUGUGCUGUGGUCGUGGAUAUGACACACAUGAGAUUGUACAGAAAUCCAAGUGUUUUUGCCAGUUCUAUUGGUGCUGUAAAGUCAGGUGCAAGAAAUGUAAGAAACAUUUUGAAAUAACUCGUUGUAAGUGACGUGUUUGGACAAAAUUGACAAUUCCAUGAAUUGUCUGGUUAAUUUAUGUGUUUAAACUUCACUUCACUCGGUAUUUAUAUUUUAGAUAUUACUAUUAUUUAACACGUUUAUUUAUUUAUUUCGUAUUUUAUAAUAUAAUUGUUUAAUGAACUUAGAAUGUGGCAAAAAUUUACAACAAGGCUUUGUAGUUUGUAGACAACAUUUUGAGUUUGACAUGAAACCAGAUCCUCAUAUACAUAAAUUCAAAGUUCAAUAAUUCAUACAAACAUAUUUCUUACACCAUUUAUUGGAUAUAUUUUACUUUAUUUUUCCAUUUAUUCAUAUUAUGCUUUUCUAGAGUUUUGAAAACUUUCUAUGAAAGUAUGUUAUAAAGCUUUAAUUUGACAAAAUGGCUGCCGCUCAUUGAUUGACAAGAUUACAUUCGAACGGACAAAAUGAACCCUCUAAUUCUUUACUUAAAACCUCUAUGUGGAAAUACAGCUAGCUUAAUACUAACGCGGGAUAAAAAAUGCCUUAUUAGACGUUUUAUCGUUGUUYAAAAGGAGUUUUCAUGGUUUUAGACAUCAAGAACGUCAAUGUAAAUUCAGUUUACAAUUAUCCGAGUUUUGACUUUGUAAUACAUCUACUGAGCGCGGAGUUUAAUAGCAAUAAUGUCAGUAUGGAGGUCUUUAAAUGCAGUAUACAGUAUCGAAGAAUUUAAUCCGUCAACGUUUUGUGAAAUACCUGCCAUUUUAUAGAUUUUAUAUAAACCUGCUUUAGAGACAAAUGUCUGUGUGGGAGUAUACUGUUCCAUGUCCCCAGGCAUAAUGUUUGUGUAAUUUGAAAAAUAUAUAUCUAUCAAUUGACUUUCAACGAGGUCGUCUAGAUUAUUGCAGAGCUUCCUAAGGAAGUAUAUAUAGACCUCUUUUGAGUAUUGUUGGUUCAUUUUGCAUGUGUUGUGUGAUUGUGUUUAGAAUCAUGGUAGUAAACGGCGGCCAUUUUGUCAAAGAGAUUUCACCUUCGCCGCUAUGAUAUGGCCGGCCAUAUUURAGGCAAYACCAAUCAAGAAUAUGUAACAAUGACGACGAUGUUAGCAGCUUGCUAUUGGGCAAGUAUAUCAUUCGAAUAAUGAAUCUGUCUGGAAUAGUAUUUCCAACAAAUAGAAUUYAAUGCAGCUUCCACUAUGUUUAGCUUUAGGGCCGGCUCACAUUACGACAAAAAAGAAAUAAUUCGAAAGAAUAAUUCGACAACAAAGGAAAAGAACUUGUUCACACUAACUUGGAAAAUACCGGUUCUCAUACGUGGGGUUUUACUGUAUUUAAGACAAAGGCAUAACUAAAGGAUACAAUUUCCUUUUGCCAUUGCUUUUCAGUAAUCCCUAAAUCUACUGCUUUAGUUGUCGAACCGUGAGCCUGCCCUUGUGACUUMAACAUUCGGAGAAGCGUAGCAUUUUUUAGCGAGUAUUUAUAUUAAUGCUUUUUCAUGUGGCUUUUUAAUAAUAAUUUUUGGGAGAACGAUGCUUAAAAUGUGAUAAACUGGUUGGGUCAUAAGGGAUACUAGUUCAGGGAACUUUCUUACAAGGAAAUGAUUAUUAUGAAUGCGUCUUGAGUGUGCGUGGGCAAUGGAGACAGACAAUGGAGGCUACUCCGAAUUGAAUAAGUGAACUGAAUGUAAAUCACUCUUAGAACAGAAACAAAAAAUUGUAGUUCUUUGCAUGACUUCAUCGCUUGUCUUUGUGAGAUUCUGCAGUAUAAUAAUGAAACCAUGCUAUGAGUUAAAAUAGUUCUCCCCAUAUUUAUUAAGUGUCUGCUGUAUUAUUAGUUGUAAAUAGAAGUAUUGAGCGAAUUCAGCAUAGAGUGAAGUCAAUGAACCCGUGAAAUACAUAUUUGACUAUUACAUGUUAUUACUCGAUAAUUGUUUUCUUUUGUGUCUAUUUGACUAUUACAGUUUAAUUAUUAACUUUUAUUUCACAGGAUCAAUGCCUUCACUCUAUUGGUAUUAGAUAAUUGUAUAGUUUUCAUAUCAUUUCAUUAUAAUGUAUCUUUCGAGUAGAAAUGAAAAUCGACAAUUUGCUGUGACGCCAUUUUGUAAAGCAAUGCAUGAUGGGAUUGAAGUAAUAACCGCUAAAACAAGCCUCCAUUUCUUGGUUUGUUUGGCUUUUUUGYCUUUGUUUGUUUUUACAAAUCAGCUUUUAUUUAUUGUGAAGACCAAACCUUAAAACAGACGUUGAGGAUUAUUUCAGGAGACGAAGAGUGCGAGGAACAUUUUCAAUUUCUUCAGUAAAAAAUGGCGUCGCUGCACAAUGGCUAUUAUGUGACAGUUUCAACUUCUGCAACUUGGAAACUAUACGAUUAUUGUACUGUAGCGUGUAAACUUUAAUGCUUAAUCAGUGUUAAUGUGCACUUGGUAUAGAAAAUAGAGAAAAUUAAAAUAAAAACUUCACAAUGGGUCAUUUUCUAUUCAUGGUCGUUUACUCCCUUCAUAAGGAUUGCAAUAAAUUUUUUUAAUAGUAUUACACAAGUCUUUAAACAUUGCAUAAUCUGGGUUUUGUAACAUUCAAAAUAAUCCAGGUCGAGGUAAACCUAUUAGGCCAUKAUUCCUUACCUAGGAAUUUUCAGAUUUAGUCCUGUUUUGAGGGAAUAAAAUAAUUGUUGAACGAAGUUCGGAGCUUUGAUUGAUYGAUGGGAGCAAAAACACCCGUCAAAGAAAUGCGUUCAUCAGCCGUUGAAGUUCGCAUUUCUACGAAGUAAGAUCGUUUUGUAUAUAUCUCCGCUUUAGCACCAGGAAAAAUGUAAAUUCAGAAGCCAUCAGUAAAGAA